AUGAAACUGCGUGACGGGCUUGUGGUCCUGUUGGCGCUUCGUGCCACGGCGGCGGCUCGCCUCUCGAGCCCGCAUGCGCCUGGGCUCCAAGUCGUCCAGUUCCAGGACGGCUCUGCCCUCGGCCGCGCGACUCCCCUCGUCGACCCCGUGCCGCGCGGCUCCCUCCCACGCAGAGGACUCCUCGGGAUCGGGCGUCGUUCCAGGCCCAAGCACCGGCCAAAGCAGUCGGCCUCGAAGCCGGCAAAGCCGCCCGUCGCAGAAAGCCACCCCGUCAUAUCCGCAAGGGAAGCGUCCCGAAUCAAGUCCCCCGACUGCGGCAAAUCGGGCGUCUUCUUCCGCGGCGACUCCCGGCCGCCGUGGGAGAUAUUCGCGUCGGGCUCCGCCCUCAGCCAGCUCCUGGAAGCGUGUGAACUGGCGGCCGUCCAGCCGCCGGCCGAGCGGGACGUGCGGGAAACGCUCUCGCAGCACCGCCAGGCGCUUCAAGACGGCAUCCUGAGGCUCAACGAGCUGCGGAACAAGCUCAUCGACCACCGCAGGCAGGUGCGGGAAAAGGUCAACACGGGCGGCCACGUGGAGAACAUGUGCGACGUGAAGCCGCAGACCGUUCCCAUCCCGGACGGCAACGAGUCCGGGCCGGUCGUUGCCGCGCCGUCCUGGGCGGCCGAGCCCCGGGUCAAGGCCGCAGCCAUCCCGUAUGACUGGGCGCUGUGCCGCAAGGCCGUGAUGCUUCGCGGAACCGAGACGUGCUACUCGCCUGCCGGUCUGGCGAAACCUGGGACCGCGUCUCCUCUGCGCUUGUCUACAUUGAGCAGAGGCUGCAGCCGCACGGGGCGCCCCGUUAAUUCUUUAAAGGGUGUGUAA